AUGAGGACAAGCAGAAAUAUUUCUCUGACAGCGUUUGACUUUAACCGAACUGAGCCUACAGGUGGAGCGUCACGAUGUCUUCUCCUGCGAUUGCUUUGCCAGCGGCACCUCUGGCUAAAAAGAAGGCCAAACCUAAGAAGAAGACAGGCCCUUCGGUGUCUGACCUGAUCCUGAAGGUCGUAUCUGCCUCCUCACAGAGAGGUGGCGUGUCCCUGGCAGCUGUGAAGAAGACUCUGAAAGCUGGGGGAUACGAUGUGGUGAAGAACAAGGCAAGGAUUGCCGUCGCCAUCAAGCGUCUGGUGAGCAAGAAAGUUUUGCUCCGGAGCAAGGGCUCCUUUAAGCUCAACAAGAAGCCUCCUAAACCCCGAAAGAGGAAGGUGGUGAAGAAGAAGAAGCCAAAGACCAAGAAGAAGGCAAAGAAGGUCACCAAAAAAGCAGCCAAGAAGUCGCCAAAGAAGAAGAGGAAGGCUAAGAGCCCCAAGAAAACCAAGAAACCUGCUGCAGCCAAAAAGGCAAAGAAGCCAAAGAGCCCAAAGAAAGUGAAGAGGGUCAAGGCUAGGAAGACCAAGGCUGCAGCCAAGAAGUGAGAGCUGCGUGGAACCAAACGGCACUACUUCUGGGCUUUCACCCUGUGUGGACUAAAACGCAUUCAACAGAACUAAGUUUGCUUUACUGAACUUGCUGUUUCCUUCCAUUUUCUAUUGUUUCUCUCUUUUCCACCUCAUCUGUCAUGAUCAGUCAUAGACUGAAAUGCAUUGUUUAAAAUAAUAAAAUAUUUUUGAUUUAAGCA